AUGGAAACAGUGAAUGGGGAUAUUAAUUGCCUUGUGGAGGGAAAUCUGGUGGUUGACUUAGACAUAAAUAAUAUUUUUAACAAUGGAAAUAUUCUUUCACAGAAUUUCGGAGGACCGAAUUCUAACAAUAAUCAAUGCAGGGAGGAUCUGGAGCCAAAUAUGGUGGAUAAUCCAUUGGGUGAGGGUGAAUAUGGGUCGGACCAUAUCAAUACGAUAUCCGACGGGGAAUCUGACUCAGUGGAAGGAAGCGAGCAGGGAGAGGAUGAUGCUUCUUCAAGGGCUGGAAACAAUUUGGAGGAAUCUUUUGCAGCUUGGAAUUUAAGGCCUCGACGUAAUAUUAAUUACCAUGGAGGUCAUGCUGGUCGAGGAUCAACUAGAGGUGGCAGAGGUGGUAGAGGUGAGGAAGGGGUGGUGUCUGAGCAUAUUGUAAAGGGCCUUCCUCCCACCCAGCUGGUGGGAGGUCGUGCUAUUGUUCACCAUCCAGAGGUUGCUGCUAUUGAUAAUGCUUUGCGCGCAGAGGAGGCGGCAGCAAGGAAAGGAAAGGUUAUGGAAAAGGAGCAGAUAGCCAAGGGUAUGAAGAAGGCCUCUGGUAAGAACGCCUUACGUGUUCUUGUGAAAGAAAAGGAUCCUGAUGUUCUUUGCAUUGCGGAGCCAAUGAUCGAGGUCGGAAAGGCCCUAAAUUUAUGGAUAGUUUGGAAGAGGAAUUUAAAUAUUCCUACAGUUAUUGCUGAGUCAGAGCAGCAUAUUUCGGUUUCUAUUAAAUGGGACUCAACUACUGUUCAGAUCUCUUUCGUUCAUGCGAGUAGCUUUAGAGCUGAAAGAAGAUCUUUGUGGAUGAAGUUGAUGGCUGAUUCUCCUCAGUCCCCUACUCCAUGGGUAAUUAUGGGUGACUUUAAUGCAACCUUGCAAUCUCAUGAGAAGAGAGGGUCGGGCAAUUUCAGUAUGGGGUCGGCGGCUGAAUUUGGAGCCAUGGUUGAUGCUUGUGUAAUGGCUCAAGUGCCUUCUUCUGGAAUGAAUUUUACUUGGUCCAACAACCGCCGCAGAGGUAAUGUUCGCGCAGUGUUGGAUAGAAGCUUCUGUAAUGACGAAUGGAUAUCUCGAUUUCAGGAUUGUGCCCAAACAGUCCUUGAUCGAAUUGCCUCUGAUCACGCCCCUAUUAUGGUCACUUCCGCUUUGUCUCAGAGACCGCCUAAUGCCCCUUUUCGGUUUCACAAAUUUUGGAUAGACCAUACUGAUUUUGAAACUGUGGUGCAGUUAGACAUUGAAGCCAACGGGUUAGAUGACCACUCUUUUGCUAGGGAAGCAAAUGCAAAAACUUCUUUGAUUAAAGCCUUGGAUUUGCAUGAAAAGCUAUGGGCGGAAAAGGCUAAAAUCAGAUGGAUGAAGCAGGGGGACAGGAAUUCGAAAUUCUUCCAUUUGUCUGCAAAAAUGAGAAGAAUUAGAAAUACCAUUAGAUGCCUCAAGAAACAAGAUGGGACCAUUGUGGAAGGUCGCGAACAGCUGGGAGACUACAUUGUGCAAUUUUUUGAGGAUUUCCACAAAGCCACCCCUACUAUAGAUCAUGUGGACCUUCUUAACUCCAUUCCCACGGUUCUUCAACCAAACGAUAUUUUUUUCUUGGAUUCUAUCCCGGGUGAUGAAGAGAUAAAGAAGGCAAUAUGGGAGCUCGACCCGGACAGCUCUCCAGGUCCAGAUGAAUUUACAGGAGAUUUUUUUAGGAGAUGCUGGAAUAUUGUUGAAAGGGAGGUAUGUUCUGCAACUCGCCAUUUCUUUAGCUCUAGUCAUAUGCCUAAAGGGAUAAACAACAAUUUCUUAGUGCUGAUACCUAAAGUGGAAGGUGCUUCCUCUCUGGACAAAUUCCGCCCCUUAUGCAUGGGGAAUUUUUUUUGCAAGAUCAUAUCAAAAGUGAUGGCUUUGAGACUUGAAAAGUUCCUUCCUCGGCUGAUUUCAGAAGAACAAGGGGCUUUUCAAAAAGGGAAAUUAAUUCAUUCGAACAUCAGUCUCGCAUCAGAGCUUGCUAAUAUGAUGUUUGCUUCUACAAGAGGGGGUGGCCUUGGCCUUAAAAUUGACAUUAAAAAAGCUUAUGCCACUAUUUCAUGGCAUUUCCUGUUUCUGGUUCUUCGUAAGUUUGGAUUCUCUGAGAAAUGGGUUACAUGGCUGCAUCAGAUGCUGAUAUCGACUAAGAUAUCAAUUAUGGUCAAUGAAGGUCCACAGGGUUACUUUGAUGUUGAGAGAGGCUUAAGACAAGGGGACCCUAUUUCUCCUUUACUCUUUAUUAUUGCGGAAGAAGUUUUGUCUAGAGGGAUUAAGUCCUUGAUUCACAUGAAUAAAUUGAAGCCGCUUCAGGGUCUAAGAGGCGUCCCUGCCCCUAGUCAUAUUCUCUUUGCAGAUGAUAUUUUUAUCUUCUCCAAUGCCACUAUGAGGACAAUGUAUGAGCUUAGAAAAAAGCAAGCUCUUCUUGGGAAAAAUCCCUCUUGCCAGGAAGCAGUGCAUCUCUGA